CCGAGUUAAUCGGUCAUUGGAUGAAUCAUAUCAGAAUGAGAACGUGUGGCGAUUUCAGUGGUAGUAACAGCAGUUUAAAACUUCUGGAAUUUCCUGACAUCCAUCUGUUGUGUAAAGUAGGCUACAGGAGACGGCACGCAUUUAUGUCGAGGGAUUAUAAUAUUGUAACAAAUCAGCUGGACUAGUGUUGCUACGGGAUGGCUUGUGGGACAAGAACAGCGGAACUGUCACUUUGUCUGAUCGUUUUGCUAACGGGCUUUGAAAGAGGCCUCUCAAGUUCUGCCGCUCAAAGAUGUUUUUGCCAAGUGACUGGAAGCUUGGAGGACUGCGCCUGUGACGUUGAAACAAUAGACUCUUUCAACAACAAGCAGUUAUUUCCAAAACUUCAAAAACUACUGGCAACAGAUUAUUUCAGGUUUUACAAGGUGAAUCUUAACAAGCCAUGUCCAUUUUGGACAGACAACAGCCAUUGCGGCCUCAGAGACUGUGCAGUGAAACCGUGCUCACUGAAUGAGGUGCCUGACGGCAUAAGGGCAAGCAGCCAUAAGACUCCAUCAGAAGCCAGUGAGGAUUCUGAGGAGUGUGAGAAAGCAGAGCAACUCGGGGCUGUCAACAGCUCUCUCAGUGAGGAGAGACAGAGGGCCCUGCUAGACUGGAACAGAUACGAUGACGAGGAAGACCGUUUCUGCAUGGUCGAUGAUGAGGAAUCUCCUGAUAUAGAGUAUGUGGACCUUCUACUCAACCCAGAGCGGUUUACUGGAUACAAAGGCCCUGAGGCCUGGCAAAUCUGGAACAGCAUUUAUGAGGAAAACUGUUUCAAGCCGUACGCCGUGAGCAGACCCCUUAACCCCCUGGUGACAUACAGUGGGGAAAAUGAAGGAAGAGGUUUCUACAAUUGGCUGGAGGGCCUGUGUGUGGAGAAGAGGGCUUUCUACCGCCUUGUGUCCGGUCUCCAUUCCAGCAUAAACAUACACCUGAGUGCCAGGUACCUUCUGGAGGAUACCUGGUCUGGAACUAAGUGGGGUCAUAACAUCUCAGAGUUCCAGCAGCGCUUUGACGAGAAGUUGACCAAAGGGGAGGGGCCCAAGCGACUCCGCAAUCUCUACUUCCUGUACCUGAUUGAGCUGCGCGCCCUGGCCAAAGUCCUUCCCUUCUUCCAGCUGCCCUCUUUCCAGCUGUACACAGGCCAACCAGAGCAGGACCAGCAGAACAAGGAGCUGCUGCUGGAGCUCCUCCAUGUGGCCAAGUCUUUCCCUCUACAUUUCGAUGAAACCUCAUUGUUUGCUGGAAACAAGAAAGAAGCGGCCAAGUUGAAAGAGGAUUUCAAACUGACAUUUAAAAACAUCUCUAGAAUAAUGGACUGUGUGGGUUGUUUCAAGUGUAGGCUUUGGGGAAAACUACAGACUCAAGGCCUUGGAACGGCGCUGAAGAUUCUGUUCUCUGAGCGACAGAUCGCAAGCCUGCCCAAGCCACAGGGCGAACAGCUUCCAUUCCAGCUCAGCAGGCAGGAGAUAGUGGCUCUCUUUAAUGCGUUCGGGAGAAUCUCAACCAGUGUAAGAGAGUUGGAGAAUUUCCGGUCACUGCUGUCGAAACUCCAUGACGAAAUGUGAUGCAAAGUCAUUGGCAUUUGUCCACCUGGCCCAACAUUCUAGCACAGAAAUACUGUAUGUGCCAUUCUGCACAGGGUUGCUGGAUCUGGUACAAAAGCAUAUGGAUUUAAGUCAUAUUUAUGUCUCUUGUAUAUUUUUCUGGAAUGUAAAAAAGGUGUGUUAUUGCAAUACACUGGGUGUGUUUCUAAGCAAAUGUUUCCAUGAUAGAAGGUCACUUAAAGUAUCAGUAAUUGUAUCUGCACAGAAUGCUUAGGCCAAAUUAACUCAAGCCACUGUAAAACUGUAAAAACAUGCUCUGCCGUUGACAUAAACAUAAGCAUACACUGAAAUGUGCACAUAAUGCAUACUUAUCUCAGGGUUACAGAGUGCACUUGUUGGAAGUCAUUUGUUUUUUGUUGUAGCUGCACUUCAAUUCAAUGCUUAAAUUGUUCAAUUGUUUACUGUUAAAUUCCUUACUGUAAUGGAGAUGAAAUUAUUUUAGUUCAAAUUAAUGCUGUUCUAUCAAACCUUGCGAGAAUGAAGAAUCUUCUUUCAAUUGUUGAAUGCUAUAUUUCCUCAUGCAGUUUUUGUACUUGAAUUUGAAAUGUUAAUAUGGUGUUGAAAUUGUUUGCAUUAAAACAAAA